CUGAUCAGCCUGUGUAAGCGUGUGCAUCUCAGGUCUUCACCAUGAAUCACAGUGUCCUGUUAUCGCUGCUGUUGGCGUUGGGGUGCAUGCACGUCCAUGGUGCACCGGUGGACCAGGGUGGCAUGCAGCCGUGGUCAUGUGAAGACGCCCAGGCGAAGGGUGCUGCAGGACUGGCUCUCAACAAGAUCAACCAGGACCGGCAGGAAGGAUACAUCCUCGGCCUCCACCGCCUGUCCAACGUCCACAUUACCAAACAAGAUGAGAACGGCGCAGUUUUCUACCUGACCCUGGAUGUUGUUGAGACCAACUGCAGCGUUCUCAGCAGGAAGGACUAUAAGAACUGUGAGGCUCGUCCCGACCACAAUACACCGGUUUAUGGACAGUGCAAAGCUGCCAUCUUCAUCAACCGAGUGCAAAGAGUGGUGCGUCUCUACAAAUAUGACUGUGUGAUCAGACCAGUUCCUGCAGCUAAGGUGAGUGAGCUCUGUCCUGACUGUCCAUCUCAUGUCGCCUUUGACAACGCCGAGGUUCAGAAGGCAGUUACUCUCUCACUGGAGAAGUUCAACAAGGAGAGCACGCUGGACAAACACUUCUCUCUGCUCAAAAUCUCCCGUGCUACCACCGGGAUGGCCAUGAGGAUGUAUUACAACGUAGAGUACACCAUCCAGGAGACCACCUGCCCCAAGAGCACAGAAGUAGUGACAGCUGAAACGUGCCCCCCAAUGAACUGCGAGUUCGCUCACAAGGGCUUCUGUAAGGCAUCCCUGUUCUACUCUCCCACCGGUGAUGCUGAUACUAGUGUGGAGUGUGAGAUCUAUGAGCCAGAGGCUGCAGAGACUCAGAAGAAGCUGCACUUGCUGGGCGGAGAGACCGACCAUAGCCACAAUGCCACACACACACACGACCACGACCAUGACCAUGCACACGCUGCUGACCACGCACACUCUCAUGACCAUGCACACGACCACACCAAGCCCCACGCUCAUCACGACAAAACCGCGAAGCACGCUGACAACAGUGAUCACCACCACACGCACGACCACGAGGGCGGCAGCCACAGGCACGCUCACGGCCACUCCCAUGACCACGGCCACGGUCACGAUCAUGUGCACGCUCAUCACGCCAAGGCACACAACCACAGCGGCGACCUGCCCAACCAACACCACGACUACAAGCACGCCGACAGCGAGCACUCCCACGACCACGACCACGAGCUCGCCCUCGACCACGACCACAAGCACACUCACCUGCACGAGCAUGAGCACCACCACCAUCACCACGACCACGACCACGAGAAAACAGCCCACGACCACCCCGAGGGCAUGGUGAGGAUGCUGCCCGCUAUGGACCAGCCCAUGACCCUGCCCUCCUUCCCAGAUGUCCCCGCCGGUGGCCCUGAAGUGGGAGUCACCCUGCCCCUGAAGCCCGACCCCCAGAUCCCUGGAAAAAUGGAACCCACCAUCGAGGCCUUCCCCACCGCCAUCUCAGCCCAGUGCCCCCCAGCAGCGGAAGGAACCAGCCUGGUGGAGAAAGCCUUCGCUGAGGACCCCAUGUUCAAGCCAGCUGCAUGAGGAGGCUCCUGGAACUCACUCAGGAACUGAACGUUUUUAAAAAAGAACUCACACAAAGACACAGACUGAAGUAUAACAAAGACAAGAAGUUGAACAGAACCUGACAUUAUGUAACACAAUUCGACUGUAUCCCGGGUUAGGGUUAGGUGGAAACCUCCGUCAACCACACAGAUUGUAGUACUGUGCAAUCAACCUGGCAGACAUAAAUGUUUUAUCUUUGUCUGUAAACUGUGCUUGGCUGUGCAAAGUCAUUAAAGAUUUCACAAAUAUA